CACACCCAGACACACAGAAACACACUCUGAGAAUGAAAACGCAGAAGUUACAAAAAGAGGGAACAAUUUAACAAAGUCCGGACCGUAGUCGUCUGUAUUUGAAGGUCUUUCCAUGGAUCUCAAGGAGGAGUCAACUCCCCUUGUAAACAGUGAAAGGGGUGGCAGCCAGAAGUCAAGCUCAAGUCUCACGCCUGGUUUACAGGUGCACCUCUACUUAGUCCCCAGAACAAAGAACUCAGUAACAAUCCACAUUUCAUCUGGACAAACAUCUGCAGAAAAUGUUUGCAUCAAAGCGGGAGAAGAAUGUGGAAUCUUGCCAGUGUACCUCAGUCUGUUUGGUUUGGCAUCUGCUGACCAUUCAUUCUGGUAUCCUCCAUCACACAUAUUUGACUCUGAUGAAAACGUAAAAGUUCACUUUAGAGUUCGGUUUUUCUUCGGACACUGGUUUGGCCAAGGAUCAAGAGCAUCAUAUCGCUACAGUUUGACCAGAGACCGAAUCAGUCCAGUGCUGGACUACAGCGUUAUAGAUUAUCUUUUUGCUCAGUUGAGAAGUGACUUUGUUGCCAGCGAAGCAGGAAUCGCUCCACCUCUGAGUGCCCAAGAAGAAUGCCUCGGCCUUGCUGUGCUGGACUUGUGGAGAAUGACUAAAGAACGUCAUCAAAGUGUAAGAGAGCUCUUCAAGACUGUCAGCUAUAAAUCCUGCCUUCCUGAGUCCCAUCGCUUCGAAAUCCAGAAAAGAAACUUCCUGGAUCGUUUUCGAAUUCGAAAAUCGCUGAAGUGUUUUUUAAAGAAGCUUGGAAACUGCCCGGUGGAUGAAUACAACCUGAAACUCAAAUACCUGAUUGAACUGUCAGGCAUCGAGCCUUCUCUGGAUAGUGAGACCUUCCAUGUGAAUCGUUCUUCCUCCUACUUAAAUGCAACAAUCUCUCUUGUGCGUGUCACUGGAGAAACUGGGAUUCAAACCAGUGGAGGCUGUCGUCCUGAUGGCAUUGUGGAGUGGAAGACCUUCUGUGAUUUUCAAGAAAUUGUGGACAUCAACAUAAAAAGCAAAGAUCAGGUUUUACAGGAUAGCAGGAUCAUCACGAAUGCAGAUCCAGCUUCACAAGACAGCAGAAUGGUCACUGUAACUCGUAAGGAUGACAGAUGCUUGGAAGCCAAUUUCCAGAAUCUGAAAGAGGCUCUUUCAUUUGUGUCUCUUGUUGAUGGCUACUUCCGACUGACCACAGACUCCAAUCAUUUCUUCUGUGAGGACGUUGCUCCACCGAGUAUUUUGGAGGGACUUUAUAAUCACUGUCAUGGCCCAAUCACAUCAGAGUUUGCAGUGAACAAGCUGAAAAAAUCAGGAUGUAAAGGCGGUACCUUCCUUCUGCGGCAAAGUCCCAAGAACUAUAAUAAUUUUUUCCUCACUGUUUGUGUUCAGACUUCACUUGGACUGGAUUACAAAGACUGCCUUAUCAUUAAAAAUGAGAACUACAGCCUUUCUGGAGUCCAGAAAACUUUUUCCAGCUUGAGAGAACUCACCAACUACUUUCAGCACAACAAGCUGCUUCUGGCUGAAAUACCUGUCACAUUAACUCGCUGCUGUCCUCCACGACCUAAAGAGCUCUCGAAUCUUAUAAUCAUAAGAAACAGCAGCUCGGUUGAAGUCCAGGGCUCCCCACCACCUGAAAGGAACAAAUUCAGUCAUAUCCAGUUUCACACCAUCAAAUAUGAAGACCUGAAAUGGGAUGAGAGUCUUGGACAGGGCUCCUUCACACGAAUCUUUAAAGGUGAAAAAACUGACUAUCGUGAUGGAGAGAAACACACAACGGAAGUUCUUCUAAAGGAGCUUGAUCCAGAUCACAAGAACUGCUGGGAGUCAUUCUUUGAAGCUGCCAGCUUUAUGAGCCAGAUUUCACACAAACACCUCCUGCAUGUAUACGGAGUCAGUGUUCAUGGGGACAAAAACAUCAUGGUACAGGAGUUCGUUAAGCAUGGGGCCCUUGACCUUUACUUGAAACGAAAGAAAUCAUUAUCAGUCAGCUGGAAACUCAAUGUAGCAAAACAGCUGGCAUGUGUCCUGAAUUUUCUGGAAGAGCAAAGCAUCAUACAUGGAAACAUCUGUGCUAAAAACCUGCUGCUUGUAAGGGAAGAAGACCCAUCUCAGGGCAUCUCUCCAUUUAUCAAGCUGAGUGACCCUGGCAUCAAUGUGGCCAUGCUGGGAAAAGAUGUUAUCAUGCACAGGAUCCCUUGGAUAGCCCCUGAGUCACUGGCUGCUCCAGACAACCUGACCCACGAGUGCGACAAGUGGAGCUUUGGUGCCACAGUGUGGGAAAUCUUCAACAAUGGAAACCCUCCAUUGCAAGGCUGGAGCCUAGAAGAGAAGGAGAAGUUUUAUGAGAACAAGCAACAGCUGCCUCCCUCCCAGUGGACAGAGCUGGCCGAUCUGAUUGGUCAGUGUAUGAGCUACGAUCUAGCUUUCAGACCCUCCUGUCGCAGCAUCAUCCGUCAGCUCAACAGCCUUGUCACAUCAGAUUAUGAGAUACUGCACGCUACAGAGUCGGUCACACAGAAUCAUGUGGGCAAAGUUUUCCGUCUCGCUCAGGAUGACCACACUGUGUUUGAUGAGAGGUAUUUACGUUACAUCUUCCCACUGGGAAAAGGAAACUUUGGCAGAGUUGAACUGUGUCGCUAUGAUCCGCUGGGUGACAACACCGGUGAGCUUGUGGCCGUGAAGAAGCUGCAGCCCAACCAGCAGUCGAGUCUGGAAAAAUUCCUCAGAGAGAUCGAAACCCUUAGUGUUUUACAUUCUGACUACAUUGUCACCUACAGAGGGGUCUGCUACAGCAUGGGCCACCCCAGCAUGAGCUUAGUGAUGGAGUACUUGCCCUACGGUAGCCUCAUUGCCUACAUGGAGAGCAACAGGCAAAACAUCAGCACCAGGCGGAUGCUGCUCUUUGCUUCUCAGAUCUGCAAGGGGAUGGAGUACCUUCAGAGUCUGUGUUACGUCCAUCGAGACCUUGCAGCCAGAAAUAUUCUUGUUGCCAACGAGUCGCUGGUAAAAAUAGCUGAUUUUGGCCUGACCAAGCUGCUUACAAUGAACAUGGAGUACUACUGCAUCGCAAACCUUAAAGGGAACCCUCUCUACUGGCUGGCUCCAGAAUCCCUCAGUGAAUACAAAUUUUCCCACAAAUCAGACGUUUGGAGUUUUGGGAUCCUUCUCCAUGAGCUCUUCUCCUUCUGUGAUAAGAACUAUAGUCCAAAGAAAUUGUACCUGCAGAAGUUUGAACACAACAUGGACGGCUUGUCCAUUCCCAUGUUUCUGCACAACAUCCUGUAUGAGAACUGGAGGCUGCCGGCUCCUCCUACCUGCCCACUCAAGGUAUACAGCCUGAUGAGGAAAUGCUGGGAGUACCAUUCUGCUGAGCGUCCAGAUUUUCCCAACCUGACAGAUCAGAUAGAAAACAUCAUGCAGGAAGAAAGAGAGAACCCAAAAGGCUGAAAACCAGCCCCAUUACCAGAACUAUGUAGUGUAUAGAUGCCUCUUUUGAUUACCAGGAUUAUAUUUAGCUUUAUCUCUCCAUCUCAGUCCUGAACUGAAACAGCCACAUUGACAAGCAGAUCCUGGAUCUAAUAAAACUUGAGCUGUUUUGUGAAUUAUAAACUUUGUCUGAGGUUUAAUGAAAACUUGUUUAGCGUUCCAUUGCAAAUACAAAACUAGUGUUAAAAUUGUUGCUUCAAAAGGUUUUAGUAGCAUGCUGACUGCUGGAGAAUCAAAAGUUGACUGAAACAAGUACAGGUAAAAUAUGCAAUGUGUCUGUUUUUUGAAAGGAUGAAAUUGCUGACUUCAACAUCACACCUUUAUUUUAAGGAUAUACUAUGAUAGUUCUGUAAAUAAAAUAUUAUCAGUUUGGUUAUGUUUCUGAAAUUGCAAGUAAAAUAUUUUGUUUUUUAUUUUUUGUGCAAUGCUUUCUCAUGUUUUCAUUAAAAUAAUUGACUGAAUAACUCUUUUAGGUAAUAACUAUUAUGUGGUUUGUAAAAUUUGCUUUGAAUCAUUUUUUCUGCCUCUGCAAAUAUGAAGAGGUGCUUAGUAUUUUUCUGUUAAAUGUUUGACAGUUGUUUAUUUUUUCUGUUUGUUCUGACUUGCUAAAUAAACGUUUGCAGACUUUUUUCUUAUAA